AAUAUCACUUGACCUCGCAACCUGUCACCAGCUUCCGCGCGCGAAGCGGGUUGUGCGACACAAGACCGCGUUUGCGGGCACCUGUGAGACCCCACAGGUAGCUCUGAAAAGAGCAAAGUCGCCCGCGGCCGCACGCGCGCGCGCGACGUGAACAACUGCCCGUGGAACUAUGUUGCGCAACAUUCGCUCCUCCCGCACGACGGUGCGCGGCUGGGCGCGGGCCCUGGCGUCCGUGGGCGCGUCGGGCCGGGCGCCCGGCCGCCAGGGCCUCUACGACCCCGACUUCGAGCGCGACGCGUGCGGCGUCGGUCUCGUCGCGUCGCUGAAGAAGGAGCCGACGCGGCGGACGCUCGUGGACUGCAACGAGAUGCUCGUGCGCAUGAGCCACCGCGGGGGCUGUGGCUGCGACCCCCAGUCCGGCGACGGCGCGGGCAUGCUCGUCGCCAUGCCCGACUCGUUCCUGCGGCAGGAGUGCGCGUGGGAGCUGCCGGCGCUCGGCGACUACGCCGUCGGCAUGUGCUUCCUGCCCCAGGACGAGGCCAACGCCGCGGCGGCGCGGCGGUCCCUGGAGCGCGUGAGCCGCCAGCGGGGCAUGUCGGUCCUGGGGUGGCGCGUCGUGCCGACGGACAACUCGGACCUCGGCGAGGCGCCGCUGGCGUCGGAGCCGCGCGUCGAGCAGCUCUUCCUCGCCAAGCCCGAGGCCUGGGACGGCGGCAAGUUCGCCCGCGAGCUCUACCGCGCCCAGUCCGUGGCCCAGCUCGAGGCCUUCGCGACGAUGCAGGAGCAGGGCGUCGGCGAGGACGCGGUCUUGUACAUCAACAGCCUCAGCCCGUACCAGAUCACGUACAAGGGCCAGCUCACGCCCGAGCAGGUGUUGCCGUACUUCGGCGCGGACCUCGGCCACGACGACUUCCUCACGCACCUCGCCCUCGUCCACAGCCGCUUCUCGACGAACACGUUCCCGUCGUGGUCCCGCGCGCAGCCGCUGCGCAUGAUGUGCCACAACGGCGAGAUCAACACGCUCCGCGGCAACAAGAACUGGAUGCGCGCGCGCGCGGGCCUGCUGCGGUCCCCGGCCUACGGCGACGACACGAACCAGCUCCUGCCCGUGACGUCCGACGAGAUGUCCGACAGCGGCAACUUCGACGGCGUGCUCCAAUUAUUGACGACGGCGUCGGAGCGGACGCUGCCCGAGGUCGCCAUGAUGAUGGUCCCCGAGGCCUGGCAGGAUAACGACUCCCUGAGCGACGCGAAGAAGGCCUUCUACGAGUACAACUCGUGCUUGAUGGAGCCCUGGGACGGGCCCGCGCUCAUCGCGUUCACCGACAGCAACAAGUGGGUCGGCGCGACGCUGGACCGCAACGGCCUCCGGCCCGCGCGCUACUACGUGACCAACGACGACCGCGUUUUAGUAUCGUCCGAGGUUGGGGUGAUCCCCUGGCUGAAGCCCAAGGACGUCAAGACGAAGAGCCGCCUCGAGCCGGGCAAGAUGUUUUUGCUCGAUUUGGAAGCGGGCCGCGUCGUGCCCGACGACGAGAUCAAGGAGGCCGUCGCCGCGGCCAAGCCCUACGGCGAGUGGCUCGAGCAGCGGCGCGUCUUCCUCUCCGACUGGGCCGCGGCGACGGCGCCGCCGCGCGCGGAGCUCGACGACGCGAACGUCGCGCGGAGCCUCGUCAUGCACGGCUACACCACCGAGACGAUGGAGACGCUCUUGGCGCCCAUGGCCAUCGGCGGCAAGGAGGGCUUCGGGUCCAUGGGCAACGACGCGGCGCUCGCCGUGCUGUCUUCCGAGCCGCGGCCGCCGAGCGACUACUUCAAGCAGCUCUUCGCGCAGGUCACGAACCCGCCCAUCGACCCGAUCCGCGAGGAGCUGGUCAUGUCGUUGGUUUGCCCCGUGGGGCCCGAGUCGAACCUGCUGGACCCGACGGCGGAGAACUGCGCGCGGCUAGUUGUGGACCACCCCGUGCUCACGCCCCAGGAGCUCGCGGCGCUGACGUCCCAGUCCGCGCGCGACUCGGGCUGGGCGGCGAAGACGCUCGACAUGACCUUCGACCGCGCGGGCGCAGACCUGGCGCCCCUCGACCCGACCUACGCCGGCGCGGGCGCCACGGGCCUGCAGCAGGCGCUGGAGGACCUGUGCACGCAGGCGUCGCUCGCGGUCCAAGGCGCGUUCGGCGAGGACGGCGCGGCGAUCCUCGUGCUCUCGGACGUCAUGGCGGGCCCGGGCCGGUUGCCCAUCCCGUCGCUCCUCGCCGUCGGCGCCGUGCACCAGCACCUCCUGAAGACGGGCCAGCGCGGCAAGGCCGCGCUCUUCCUCGACUGCGGCGACGCGAAGGAGGUGCACGACGUCGCGCUCGCCGUCGGCUUCGGCGCGGACGGCGUCUGCCCGCGCGUCGCCUACCAGGCCCUCAGCAAGCUCAAGUCCGACGGUUUGAUCGCCGCGCGCAUGCGCAACGAGAUCGCCAAGCCCGACGACCUGCCGACGGACGACGAGCUCCACUACGCGUACCGCAAGGCCUUGGCCAAGGGCCUGCUCAAGGUCAUGUCGAAGAUGGGCAUUAGCACGCUCCAGUCCUACAAGGGCGCCCAGAUCUUCGAGGCCGUGGGCCUCCACGCGGACGUCGUCGACACGUGCUUCUCGGGCACGCCGAGCCGCAUCGGCGGCGCGUCGUUCGACGCGCUGCAGCGCGACGUCGUCACGAACCACAACCACGCCUGGGGCGCGGCCCAGACGACCUUCCAGGUGAACCACGACAAGGUGCCCCAGCUCCCCAACCCGGGCCAGUUCCACUACCGCGACGGCGGCGAGACGCACCUCAACACGCCCGCGGGCAUGGUCCACCUCCAGGCCGCGGCGCGCGGCGACUCGCGCGAGGCCUUCAAGCGCUACUCCGCCGAGGUCGACGCGCAGAACGACAAGUCGACGCUCCGGGGCAUCCUCCGCUGGAAGCCCGCCGCGCUCAAGGCCGGCCUGGCCAAGAACGUCAAAAUCGACGACGUCGAGCCCGCGAAGGACAUCGUCAAGCGCUUCGUCACGGGCGCCAUGUCCCUCGGGUCCAUCUCCCGCGAGACCCACGAGGCUUUGGCCGUCGCCAUGAACCAUUUGGGCGGCAAGUCGAACACGGGCGAGGGCGGCGAGGACCCCGUGCGCUUCGGCGACAACCGCCGGUCGUCGAUCAAGCAGGUCGCGUCGGGCCGCUUCGGCGUCACGUCCCACUACCUCGCCAACAGCGACCAGAUCCAGAUCAAGAUGGCCCAGGGCGCCAAGCCCGGCGAGGGCGGCGAGCUCCCGGGCUACAAGGUCUCGGACUACAUCGCGGAGUGCCGCGGCACGACGCCCGGCGUCGGCCUCAUCUCGCCGCCGCCGCACCACGACAUCUACUCCAUCGAGGAUCUGGCCCAGCUCAUCCACGACCUCAAGUGCGCCAACCCCGAGGGCGACGUGUCCGUGAAGCUCGUGUCCGAGGUCGGCGUCGGCGUCAUCGCCGCGGGCGUCGCCAAGGCCAAGGCGGACCACAUCGUCAUCUCCGGCGGCGACGGCGGCACGGGCGCGGCGGCCUGGACGGGCAUCAAGUGCGCGGGCCUGCCCUGGGAGCUCGGCAUCGCCGAGGCGCAGCAGACGCUCGUGCUCAACGACUUGCGGGACCGCAUCCGGCUCCAGACCGACGGCCAGCUCAAGACCGCGCGCGACGUCUGCGUCGCCGCGGCGCUCGGCGCCGAGGAGUACGCCUUCUCCACGGGGCCGCUCAUCGCCCUGGGCUGCAUCAUGAUGCGCAAGUGCCACCUCAACACGUGCCCCGUCGGCAUCGCGACGCAGGACCCCGAGCUCCGCGCGAAAUUCGACGGCCAGCCGGAGCACGUCAUCAACUUCUUCUUCCUGUUGGCCGAGGAGAUGCGCGCGACGUUGGCGUCGUUGGGCAUGACGUCCAUGGACGACCUCAUCGGCGCCGCGGGCGACGUGCUCGAGGUCGACCCCAUUAAGCUCCGGAAGAACGGCCGGCCGGACAAGACGGCGGGUCUGGACCUCGCGCCCCUGCUCCAGCCGGCGUCGGAGCUCAACCCGACGGCGGGCCACCUCCACGCGGCGACCCAGGACCACGAGCUCGACGCGAAGAUCGACAACGAGCUCAUCGCCGCCGCGCGGAGUCUCAUCGACGCGUACGCGGCCGGCGGCGACCACGCGCCCGUCGUCGUCGACCACGAGACGACGAAUUUGGACCGCACGCUCGGCACCAUGCUGAGCUCCGCCGUGUCCAAGGCCUGCGGCAAGUCCGGUUUGCCCGACGGGGCCGUGACGAUCCGCCUCAGCGGGUCGAGCGGCCAGAGCCUCGGCUUCACGCUCGCGCCGGGCGUCACCAUCGAGGUCCUCGGCGACGCCAACGACGGCUGCGGCAAGGGCCUGUCGGGGGGCAAGAUCGUCGUGCGGCCCCCCGAGGACCAGCUUCUCGACCCGGCCUUCGUGCCCGCGGAGAACGUCAUCGUCGGCAACGUCGCGUGCUACGGCGCGACGGCCGGCGAGGCCUACUUCCGGGGCGUCGCCGGCGAGCGCUUCUGCGUCCGCAACAGCGGCGUCCUCGCCAUCAACGAGGGCCUCGGCGACCACGGCUGCGAGUACAUGACCGGCGGCCGCGUCGUCGUCCUCGGCGCGACGGGCCGCAACUUCGCCGCGGGCAUGUCCGGCGGCGUCGCCUACGUCUACGACCCCCACGGCGCCUUCCCGGACAAGUGCAACAUGGGCAUGGUCGAACUCGGGCCCGUCGACGACGCCGACGAGGCCGCGGAGCUCCGCGGCUUCGUCCAGAAGCACCUCGACCACACGGACAGCGACGUCGCCAAAGAGCUCCUCGGCGACUGGGACGCCCACGUCGGCGCCUUCGUCCGCGUCAUGCCCACGGACUACAAGGCCGUCAUCGAGCAGCAGAAGCGCGACGCCGCGGCCGCGGAGUUCGACGCCGCGUAGAGUUCGCCUGUACCAAACGCCCCCCCUCCCCUCCCCCGGGCGCCCCUGCCCCACGGCAGCCCCACCUGUAAUCACUCCUUGCCGUC